AUGGGAAGGGAGAUUUCAGAAGUCCAGAGAAGUAGGGGUGAGCCAGAGAUGGAGGAAAACAUGAUGGGGAAGAACAAUGAUCUUCAAGAAUGUGUCACCACAUCAACAAACAAAGAUUGGAGAAGUGGCUGUCAGAAUUCUGGAACGGCGAUGGAAUCUGCUGCACGCCACGCCUCUGAAAAUAGGAAAAGAUCCCUUCUUUCUUCUUCUUCUUCUAAAUGCAUACUGUUUCUACUCUCUGGCAACAAAACCAACCAAUGGAAUUUGGAGAUCAUAUCUGAUGUUAUUGAAAUGCUGGAUCAACAUAACGUUCUUGCAAAAAGUUUUCGCAUGGUAAGAGACGUAAUCAGAACUAAUCCACAAACUAAUGUUCGUUUACGUCUUAUUGGGAAAAGGGGCAAAGAUGGAAGGCGAUAUAAUCUACCAUCUGUUGAUGAGGUUGCAGGUUUAGUUGUUGGAGAUUUUGAUUCAAAUACAAAAGAAAGAGAUAUUAUUGUCGAAACAAAAUCUGGCCAACUUCAACGAAUUUCAAAACUCAACCCAUCAUAUUUAGGAUUACAAUAUCCUUUACUAUUCCCUUAUGGUGAAGACGGCUGGAGAGAAAACAUCCUUUUAAACAAAUUGCCGAAAAAUUCUACACAGGAAAGCUCCUACGUUAGCAUGAGGGAUUUUUUUGCAUUUAGAAUCCAGCAUAGAUCAAGUCGUGAAGGUGUUUUGUUGUAUUCUCGACGACUUUUUCAACAGUUUUUAGUUGAUGCAUUCUCAAUGGUUGAAGCGGCUAGACUUAAAUAUGUAUACUCAAAGCAAAGACAAUUUAGAGCUGAAAUCUAUAAAGGUCUGAAAGAUGCAAUUAUGAACGGUGAAACUGAGGCAUCGUCACUAGGCAAGCGUAUUGUUUUACCUGCAACAUUCACAGGGGGACCACGAUAUAUGAUUCAGAAUUACCAAGAUGCAAUGGCAAUUUGUAGGUCAAUUGGUUAUCCAGAUUUAUUUAUAACAGUAACUUGCAACCCCCAAUGGGAAGAAUUGAAGCGUUAUUGUAAGGAAAAUAAUUUAAAACCUGAAGAUAGACCAGACAUGGUUUGCAGAUUAUUCAAGGCAAAGUUGGACAUACUCAUCAAAGAUAUCCAAAAGAAUAGAAUUUUUGGUACAUCAAGAACAGUUAUAUAUACUAUUGAGUUUCAGAAGCGUGGAUUACCCCAUGCACACAUACUACUAUUUCUUGCACAAGAGCAUAAAUUUUCUGGUCUUGAUGACAUAGACAAUAUUAUCUCAGCAGAAAUUCCAGAUCAGACUCUGGAUCCAGAAUACUAUCAGGCAGUUAAGGCUUUUAUGAUGCAUGGACCCUGUGGAAUUGCAAACAAAAAUUCACCUUGCAUGGAGAACGGUGUUUGCACCCGACAUUUUCCUAAAAAAUUCGUAGAGUUUACCACCAUCGAUCAAAAUGGAUAUCCACUUUAUAGACGUCGAAAUGACGGUCAUACCAUUGAGGUUUCAGGUAUUCAUUUGGAUAAUCGGUAUGUUGUGCCACAUAAUAAGUUCUUAUUAAUGAAGUAUGGUGCCCAUAUCAAUGUUGAAUGGUGCAAUCAAUCAAGAUCGAUAAAGUAUCUUUUUAAGUAUGUUAACAAGGGAAGUGAUCGAAUCACAGCUUCUUUUUAUUCAACUUCAACGCUUCCCAAUUCUAAUUCAAUCAUAGAUGAAGUGAAAAUGUAUUAUAAUUGUCGGUAUAUCUCUCCAUGUGAAUCUGCUUGGAGAAUAUUUGAAUUUGAUAUUCACUAUAGAAGACCUUCAGUUGAACGGUUAAGCUUUCACUUGCCCGAUGAACAACCAGUUAUCUUUGAAGAUCAAGACAAUUUGCAAAGAACUGUUGAUAAAGCAACAAUUAAAGAAUCCAUGUUCAUAGCUUGGUUUCAAGCAAGCACAGACUAUGAGGCAGCUAGACAAUUAACUUAUAACAAUUUUCCAACUGAAUUUGUUUGGAAACGCAGCCUGAGAAUAUGGGAGCCAAGGAAAACAAACACUGUUAUUGGUAGAUUAUUCUUUAUCCCUCCAUCUGCAGGUGAAUUAUACUAUUUAAGAAUGUUACUCAACAUUGUUAAAGGGCCAAGAAGCUAUGAAGAACUUCGGUCUUUCAAUGGUGUUGUUUAUCCUACAUUCAGAGAUGCAUGUUACGCGCGUGGGUUACUUGAUGAUGAUCAAAAAUACAUUGAUGCUAUUGAAGAAGCCAGUCAUUGGGGUUCUGGAUAUUAUCUGAGAAAGCUGUUUGCAACUCUUUUGUGGUCAAAUUCAAUGACUCGGCCUGAAGUAGUUUGGCAGAGAUGUUGGACUUUACUUUCAGAUGGGAUACUACAUAGUCAUAUAACUAUGUUCAAUUUACCCGAUUUGGUUUUAUCAGACGAUGAAUUAUCAGAACUUACUCUAAUAGAGAUUGAACAAAUACUUAACAGCAAUGGCAAAACACUUCAAGAAUAUGCAACAAUGCCAUUUCCCAACAUGGAUAACAUCCACAGCAUGAGACAUGGCUCUUUGCAAAACAAAUUAAUAUUAGAUGAACUCCGCUAUGAUCGAGUUAUGUUGGCUGAGCAACACAAGCAAUUUUUAUCACAAAUGACAAUAGAACAAAAAUAUGUAUAUGACCAAAUCCUUCAAGCUGUCAAUUCAGAUUGUGGUAAAGUUUUCUUCUUAUAUGGGUACGGAGGUACAGGAAAGACUUUCGUUUGGAAUACUAUCUCAGCUACUCUUAGAUCAAAGGGUCAAAUUGUCUUAACAGUUGCUUCAAGUGGAAUAGCUUCACUCUUGCUACCUGGAGGAAGAACAGCUCAUUCCAGGUUUGCAAUCCCCCUAACUCCUGAUGAAUAUUCCACCUGUAAUAUAAAACAAGGAAGCCCACUAGCUGAGUUAAUUUUGGCAACCAAACUUAUUAUUUGGGAUGAAGCACCAAUGAUGAAUAAGUUUAAACAGCCAGUAUUCACACAUGGCCAACUAUAUGUUGCAGUCUCAAGAGUUACUAACAAAUAUGGACUGAAGAUUGUUAUUUCUCAUGACAAUUCAAAUAAUUACAUUGAAACCAACAAUGUCGUUUAUCAUAAAGUUUUCAGAAAUAUUUGA